UCGAAUUGCUUUUUUUAUUUCUUCGUCCAUUCCAGGCUUCGUCUCUGUCCCUCAGCAACAGCAAACAAAACAACACCUUACUUCUCUUUCUCUCUCUCCUCCUGUUUCUCCCUGUAGGGUUGGGAGCUUCGACACUAAAACUCUGACGAGGGAGAAGCGUUUUGCGACCCAAUUCUAGUAGGGUUCUUGCUCUUCACUCAUGCCAAUUCCAUUCAUUGCGUAACAGAGCAAGCUCUAUUCAAACUCCUUCUCAUUAUGGUCGAGCGAGUUUCAGCUUUUACUAUUACGCGAAUGAGGGGUUGUUAAUUCGUGCUCGAAAUUUCGUUUCGCCAAGGGAAUUCGUCGUUUUCGACUUCGUUUAUCUGUUGAGGUAGAAGGAUUAUAGGUACUAACAUAUGUGGGUUAUUUGAAUUAAACUGUGGCGGGGGAAUGUUGGUUAGUGCUGCUCAAUGAUAGUUGCUAUGGACUUGAAUGCCUUGCCUGUGCCAGAGGAAGAUGAAGAUGAUUUUGGUGGCCAGGUUGAAGAGUACAAUGCGCCAGAAGAGCGCAUGGAAACUGCAGUUGAUAUUGCCCGCCGGGAACGUGAAGAAAGAAAGAGAAGAUUGAAAAAAGAACGAUCAGAUGACAGAUCUGUGCUAGUAUCACGAUCACCUGGAAAUGAUCAGCUAUUUCAUACUAAGAUCCUUAAAUCAUAUGAUAGAAGUAAGCUUCCUCCUGGUUGGUUGGAUUGCCCUUCAUGUGGCCAGGAAAUUUUUGGCACGAUACCAUCUAAGGUUCCACUUGGUGAAUCAUUCAAUGACUACAUCAUUCCUGGUAAAAGAUUCUCAUUUAAACAAGUGAUACAUCAACAGAGAGUUUUAGGGAAAAAAAUUGGUUUGGUAAUUGAUUUGACAAAUACUUCUCGAUACUAUCCAGUAGCAGAUCUAAAGAAAGAGGGUAUCAAGCAUGUUAAGAUUCAGUGCAAGGGCCGUGAUUCUGUACCUGAUAAUGUAUCUGUUAAUCAUUUUGUCUAUGAGGUUACACAAUUUCUAUCUCGUCAAAAACAGUCAAGGAAGUAUAUACUUGUUCAUUGUACACAUGGUUAUAAUCGUACAGGAUACAUGAUCAUCCAUUAUCUAAUGCGCAAAAUGUCAAUGUCUGUUACUCUGGCAAUAAAAGUAUUUUCUGAUGCACGCCCUCCAGGAAUCUAUAAACCUGAGUACAUUGAGGCAUUGUAUGCAUUUUAUCAUGAAAAAAAGCCUGAAAUGAUAGUUUGUCCUCCAACUCCAGAGUGGAAGAGAACUCCUGAACUCGUUGAUCUCAAUGGUGAAGCAGUGCCAGAUAAUGAUGAUGAUGAUGGAAUACCAGGCUCUCCUUUGCAUGAGAACCACAAGACUGACACGAUAAUGACAAAUGAUGAUAUUUUGGGAGAUGAGAUACCUAAUGAUCAGCAAGAUGCAUUUCGUCAGUUCUGCUUUCAAACACUCAAACUAGGUCUUGGGACCAGAGGACACAUGCAAUUUCCAGGGUCACACCCAGUUUCUUUAAACAGGGAUAAUCUACAGCUGUUACGACAGCGUUAUUAUUAUGCAACAUGGAAAGCUGAUGGAACAAGAUAUAUGAUGCUAAUAACUAUGGAUGGGUGUUACUUGAUUGAUAGAUGCUACAAUUUUCGAAGGGUCCAAAUGAGGUUUCCUUGCAGGGUUACAAAUGAUGGCUUGGCUGAGAAAACACACCAGUUCACUUUACUUGAUGGGGAAAUGAUUAUCGAUACUUUGCCAGAUUCAAAAAGGCAGGAAAGGAGAUACCUCAUAUAUGAUCUGAUGGCAGUUAAUGGAGUAUCAGUAAUAGAGCGACCGUUUUAUGAACGGUGGAAGAUGCUUGAGAAAGGAGUGAUUGAACCCAGGAAUCAGGAACGCUUCCAGUGCAGAAAUCCUUAUUAUAGAUAUGACAUGGAGCCAUUCAGGGUGAGGAGGAAAGAUUUUUGGUUGCUCUCUGCUGUCACAAAACUUUUAAAUGAAUUCAUUCCGAAACUCUCGCAUGAUGCAGAUGGUCUCAUAUUUCAGGGUUGGGAUGAUCCUUAUAUACCACGCACUCAUGAAGGCCUCUUAAAGUGGAAAUAUGCUGAUCUGAAUUCUGUUGAUUUUCUCUUUGAGAUUGAUAAUGAUUGUCAGCUACUUUUUCUCUAUGAACGAGGAAAAAAGAAACUCAUGGAAGGUUAUAGGGUUGCAUUUGAAGAAGAUUCAGAUCCCUUGCUUUUCUCCGGAAAGAUCAUUGAGUGUUCUUGGGAUUCUGAUAGACAGGAAUGGAUAUUCAAGCGAGUCAGAACAGAUAAAUCAACUCCAAAUGACUUCAAUACUUAUAAAAAGGUGAUGCGAAGUAUAAGAGACAAUAUCACAGAGGAUAUCUUGUUGAAUGAAAUAAAUGAAAUAAUUCGCCUCCCCAUGUAUGCCGACAGGAUAAGAAUUGAUAGCAAAGCUCAUCAUCACACUAAUAUGGCACGGCGAAGGUAAUCAAUCAGAAAUUUUUGCCGCCCUGUAAUAUUUUGACUGGUGGGAGAAAGGCAUGAUAAAUAUGUAUUACAUCUGGUGAAAACAAUAUCAUAUGUAUCCACUGAUAUCGGCCUGUGGCCCUCAUCUAAAGGUUCCUCGUAUUAUGUAAUUAGUUAGUCUUACAACUCCCGAGUUGUGGCAGUUGGUAACAAAGUCAGUCCUGAAUCCAUUUUCUUUGUUUAUCCAUAUGUAGAGUUAGGUUUAAGAUCGCCAUGUAUAUUAUAACUUUCUGACAAGAAGUGAUUGUAAGUUGUUCAAAGGGUAGUUGUUCCGUAGAAUUAAGUUCCUUUACAUUGGU